UUGACAGGUCUCUGACCCGGAAGUUGUCGUUGGGUUGGUUUCUGGGCUGUGGUGGGGGUCUACGCUUUUAAGAACUUCCCCGGGAUCAGCCGCUUUAAAUAAAACCAGGAUCACUAACUUCAGACUAGUUACUGUAAGGACAGGCUGGGGGUAUAGACUGUUUCCAUAGUAUUAGGUUCUGGCGACUGGUUUUUCCGUAGAAACAGUUUUUUGGGUUUAGUUACCAUAACAACAGUUUUUUGGGGUGUAGGUAGUUCCCAUCAUAACAGAUUCUGGCGACUAGUUUCUGUAGAAACAGGCCUGGGGGUAGCCAAUUACUAUAGAAACAGGUUUGGGGGUAGCCAGUUACUAUAGAAACAGGCCUGGGGGUAGCUGGUUUCCAUAGAAACAGGCUUGGGGGUAGCUGGUUUCCAUAGAAACAGGCUUGGGGGUAGCCAGUUACUAUAGAAACAGGCCUGGGGGUAGCCAAUUACUAUAGAAACAGGUUUGGGGGUAGCCAGUUACUAUAGAAACAGGCCUGGGGGUAGCUGGUUUCCAUAGAAACAGGCUUGGGGGUAGCUGGUUUCCAUAGAAACAGGCUUGGGGGUAGCCGGUUCCCAUAGAAACAGGUUUGGGGGUAGCCAGUUACUAUAGAAACAGGUUUGGGGGUAGCCAGUUACUAUAGAAACAGGCCUGGGGGUAGCCGGUUUCUAUAGAAACAGGCUUGGGGGUAGCUGGUUUCCAUAGAAACAGGCUUGGGGGUAGCCGGUUCCUAUAGAAACAGGUUUGGGGGUAGCCAGUUACUAUAGAAACAGGUUUGGGGGUAGCCGCUUCCUAUAGAAACAGGUUUGGGGGUAGCCGGUUACUAUAGAAACAGGCCUGGGGGUAGCUGGUUUCUAUAGAAACAGGCCUGGGGGUAGCCGGUUUCUAUAGAAACAGGCCUGGGGGUAGCCGGUUCCUAUAGAAACAGGUUUGGGGGUAGCCAGUUACUAUAGAAACAGGUCUGGGGGUAGCCAGUUACGAGAGAAACAGGUCUGGGGGUAGCCGGUUCCGAUGGUGACAGGUCUGGGGGUAGCCGGUUCCUAUAGAGACAGGUUUGGGGGUAGCCAGUUACUAUAGAAACAGGUCUGGGGGUAGCCAGUUACUAUAGAAACAGGUUUGGGGGUAGCCGGUUCCGAUGGUGACAGGUCUGGGGGUAGCCGGUUCCUAUAGAGACAGGUUUUUGACCCAUGAGUUACAAUAGUAGCUGGAGCUGGGGUGGUAAUUAGCGUAUUUACCACAAUUGCUGAUCGCAAGGAUAAGUAUAGUGGGAACCAACACUAGCUCCAGUUACUGUGUUACCUGGCUAGGGGUUAGUGACACUGGUGACUAUUGUAAAUGGUGAUAGCCUCAGGAACAGGACUGAGGGGGUACUAGUCACCUAUGUAACGGGCUAGGGAACCUUAAUGUGAGGGAGCGUGGGGCAUUUUGGGUGGAGUUCUGCACACGCUGCCAUUACCAGUGGAGGCGGAGGUCUCAGUAACCAGGGCCAGUUAUCGGAGUGGCAGGAGGAGGCCAGCCUGUGGCAGGAAGGCUGUCAAGAUAUGGCUGUGGAACUGGACGUCUUUGUGGGGAACACUACGCUGAUCGACAAGGACGUGUAUCAACUCUGGCUGGACGGGUACUCAGUAAGCGAUGCUGUUAGCAUCCGGAUCCAGAGUGGCAUCUUGGAACAGAGUGGCGCCACACCAGAUGUGCUGGAGAGUGACACCAUGGACCAUUACCGGGCCUUCCAGAUGUUAGAGCGCCUGCUGCACAGCCCCCCGAAGCUGAUCAACCAGCUCCUCUUCCAGAUCCCACCACCAAUGCAGUCCAUGUUAAUCGAAAAGUAAGAUCACAGGAUUGGGCUAACAUACCAGGAGCAGUGGGGCUGGCAACCCCAAAUAACUCAAGGGACUGUUAUUGUGGUGGCUUAUGUCUCUGUCUGCGUCUCUCUUGCUCAUCAGUUCGAUAACUUCAAGCGAGUGUUUAAGGUGGUGGAGGAGAUGAAGGCGCUGGUGGAGAACAUUCAACAGAACUUCCUGCUUUCGGACAGGCUGGCAGGAGAUUACGCUGCCGUUGUGUUUUUCGCCAACAACCGGUUUGAGACAGGCAAGAAGAAACUCCAAUACCUGACCUUCGAGGACUUUGCCAGCUGCGCCGAACAGCUCAUUCGGAACUGGACUCUCGGAGCUGUGGAUAGUAUGGUUGAUGAUAUGGAUGUUGACCUGGAUAGAGAGUUCCUGCAGGAUCUGAAAGAUCUCAAAGUCCUCAUUACCGAUAAGGAUCUCCUUGAUCAACUCAAAAGCCUGGUGUGUACAGCACUGAGAGGCAAAGUCAGCACCUUCUCUGAAAUGGAAGCCAAUUUUAAGAACCUCUCUCGGGCUUUGAUUAACAUUGCCGCCAAGCUCAUCCACACCAAGGACGUCCGGGACCUCUUCAUUGACCUGGUGGAAAAGUUUAUCGAGCCAUGCAAAUCCGAUCGGUGGAGCAGCAGCGACGUCUCGGCUUUCCUCACACAGUACACCAACACUGCCCGCGCGCUCGAUGCCUUCAAACACCAGUAUCUAUGGGAGCGAUACAUGGGAACCAUCAAAAGCUGCAUUAUGAAGAUGUACCACGAGUGAGGGUUCCUCACGUCAGACACGGACCGGCUGUGAGCUCUAGCCGUGAUGUCUGGAAGAAGAGCAGGCUGUUCUGCUUCCCGCUACAAAGAGCCCGUAUUGGAGUUUGCUCCUGAUGAUUCCCAGUUGGGGAGGGGGUGUUUCAGUGCUGGCCUUGCGGAGAGAACGUUGUUGCCGCCAUCUUCAAGAAGCAGAUCCUGGCUCUCGAGGCCUGUCUCUCUCCCUCGGGAUCUUCUCUGGAAAGGGAUGUUGUCCCUCGGCCUGGGUUAUUGUUAUCAGCCUCUUCCCCAGGUCAGCGAGAGGCUCUGACUGUUCAAUAAAGCUCUUUGUUUGUUCUAA